CACAGCCCCUCUGCAUCGAAGAGAGUGCGAGCAAUAGAGGUUGAGAGUGAAUGGUGAAUGCAUAUACAACGGCGAUUUGCUUUCUAAAGAAACAUCAUGAGCAGCACUACCGCUAGUAUUUGAGGUGCGUGACCCCCGCAACACUACCUGCGACCGCCGGGAAAACAAGCGGUGUAACCGCUGGUGCUGCCGCAGGUCCGCGUCCGUCUGCUUCGUUUUGGAACUGCUGUCGCCAGAAAACUGAAGAUGGUGCCCUCCUCGUCUUCGUCCUCCGGCCAGUAUCACCGCAAGCGACCCGCAGUGUCGCCUCCCGAUCAAGAACCAAAAGGGGCUGGCACGACGAUCCCUAUAGCCGGUGAAAAAGAUGGAAGAGCCGAGGAGGUUGCGUUGAUUCCGGCUCGUGGCGGUGGUGGGGACGCAAGAACUGGAGCAUUGAAGCGGGCCAAGAAGGCAACACCACCACGGAACGCGUCAGCGGCUACGGGAACGACCGCAGGGGUGGUGCUCUCGCCUUUGACAGCAGCAUUCAAACACGAAAGAACUCGCGCUGGCGCGGCCCGGCCUCCUGAGCAACCGGACCACGGGCGGUCAUCGCCUAGUUCAAGCAAGAUGCUUUCCGCCGCCGCUGGACCACCCCCUAUCAGAUGCAAUACUAGAAAUAUGUCUAGGUCCGGAAAAGGGCAGACGUUUGCCACGCAGCAUUUGCAUACCCACUCGAACGUUCUGCCUCUCACAGGCAGCCAAUACACUAAGUGGCAUCUUCACACGUUUCGAUCAGGUUUCUCGACGUUCUCUACUCCGCAUGGGCAAGAAAAAUCCGUGGUUUGGAUGGUAAAGAGGACUGGGCUCAACUGCUUUUCUUGUCCACGGAUGACCGAUUUGUGUGUGACCUAAAAUGCGCCUCGCAAGAAGUUUGCCUCCGUCCAGACCCAAACAUCUUUGCAAUGGAUAGGACCUGCGGGCUCCUCGUCUUCGUCAGGCGCUGCCAGUGGGCGGGCCAACGACGUGUUGAACCUCACCCUCCAAAAAGGAACAUCGCAAAUACACAGCACUCACCGACCCCCGGGGGCGGGAGAGGAUGUGCAGGAAGUUGCAAAGCCGCCGACCACAACGACCAAUCCUCGUUCUACCGGCGCCGGCGCGGAUGUAAAAUCUUCGUGCUACGACUCAUCCGUUCUGUUGGGUGCGAACAAAAAGCGCGAGGAUCUGGGGGGCGUGCGGCCUCGAUCGCAGCUGGACGCUGCGCCCAACUUCAUCCGUGUCGCGGGUCGCGGGUUGACAGCGGUGCCGAGGUAUUCCAGCUUGAUAUCAAGCGAAAAUACGUCUGGCGGUCCGGAAGGUUGCGUGCUGUUUGUCAUCAAAGCUUUCUCUUUGCAAAGUGUCUGGAAAAUGCAGGCCUUAGUAUCACAAGUUUUGCAGCCCCUUGAACUACAUACCUAGGUAUCUAUGAUUCUGCAUGAGAAAUGGAAAUCCCUUUUCAGCGUGGCCAGCAAUAGGCAUCUCUUGCAAGUCAUGCAAGACACCUGAUUGUGUGAUCCGCAAUACGCACCACUCUUCUUUCCCGACCCAGUCAUUAUAUUUGCGACGCAUGCUUGAACUUUCAGUGCGACACGGAGCGGGUGGAGCGAGCAAAAUUGGCGAAAUUGCUGGGAUACCCUGUGCAAAAGCAUCGUACUCGUAGUAAUCGCGGUCAUGCAUUACAAGUUUCUUUCUCAAGUUAAAUCCGCAUUACAAAUUUCAUUUCUCAUGCUGAGGAAAUUUGUCAUGCGAUUUAUACUAGUACGAUGCUUUUGCAUUUCAUAUGGAAAAGACAUCUCAACGCGAAGGUGACCCGCCAGGGCAAGGGCGUGGUAUCUUAGUAAAUGUGUCUGAGUUCUAUGAAAUUGGAUUUGGAUUGUACACGUCUAUAUCUUCUACCCGUCCGCGCGCCGUCGAGUUUUGGAGCUUUAUAACGUUCGAUAUCUAUGACGUAUAGAUACCUCUUAACUUCCCCACACUUCUUACAGCUUCAAAAAGAACCGUAGUUUUUUGUACGCAUUGAUUUGAAGAUUCUGUUCAUGCUGACGUGCACCUGCGGAAACGGGAAAUCUCAUCUAUGAGAUGAAACUAAAUUUCUGUCUUGCCAUUAUACAAACAACAAGGUUUAUCUUCCGAGCAGUCCCGCGUCGAGACGAGCAGUUACGCCCCGAAGCAGGACCAUACAAAGGCAGACGAAAAUGGCUGGGUGCGCGAUGUGAGUCGCGGCGCGAGGAUGAACGAGAAUCUUAGCACCGCAGAGCAGAAGCCAGAGACCACGACAAAUUCGCUUGUCCAAAACCAAAAUCGACAAAAGCAUACGAGUUCUGCUACGCGCUCGGAAAACAAGGAAGCGGCUUCCUUUCGCAAAAAGGAGACUGCUGAAUCGAGUACCAAUGCUCGGCUUUUAUUUCAGGACCCUCCCGCCAAUCAGCCGUCUGCUUCAAAGAAAAUGAAAGCAUCACGAAAAGCAGCGAUGGCCGCCGCCAUGCUCAAAAGCAGUACGUGAUAAAGCAGUAUUAGUCCUAGCAGCAGACAACGACUCUACUUGUAGCUGCGCUGUAAGAUUGGUAGCAGAACCGAAGAGGAAUAUAGACAGAAGAACUCCAAACAGCGAAUUACUGACUCGUCCAGAGCAGGCAGCUUUGCACAGAAUCAUGCUAAAAUGCACAACUCCCUAGUACUUAUCAUGAUUGUUUCGCAGUGGAGUACUUGCGCAAGCGCCGUUUGGGGGUCGCAGAUAGUUUUCACCCCUGAAUCUGAACCAACACUGACGCUCUGCAAAGAAAUAACGGACCUCUGCGAGCGUGUCGCUCUCUGAGCUAAAGUCUGUUUUGUUGUGCACCAU